AUGUCCAUACUCCUAGACACCACCCUCCAUGACCUCUAUAUGCUCGACACCGAUGGCGCCCAUCACGGCGUCAUAACCACGUACCCAUACCCAUGCCAGGCCGAACGGGAGACGCCCAACCCCUUCUCAUCCGAGCACUUCCUCUACGGCAUCACUUUCCCUAACACCACCGUAUCGAACAACAUGCAGAUUAUCCUGGAGUGCGGCAUCGCCCAGCGCUACUCCUUCAUCACCGGCCACGCGCCUGUCAUCCUCUUCGACUCCCUCCCACCGAUUACCCCUCCCUCCGCCCAGGAAUCCUUCCAAUCGUCACCCAUCAUCGACAUCCUCACUCUCUACUCCCAACUCCACCCCUCCCAACGACCGCAAGUCCACUUCCCCCGCAACGCCUCCGAGAUCCACCUCCCGCCCAACACGCGCAUCGCCAUCAUCGUCCCCCAAGUCGAGCUCGCCCACCUCCCGCACAUCGUCGCCCCGGAAACCCACGGUCACCCCCUCCCCUUCGUUGUAAAAGUCUCCAUCGCCGUUUCUGGCCGGGGGACCUUCCUGAUCCGCACCGAACCGGACCGACGCGCCGCCUGCACCCGCCUCCGCGCCAUCUUCACACCUCCCUCCCGCACGUCACCCAUAGCUAAAACGCCCACCUCUUCCCCGUCAGCCUGGUCCUGCAGCCGCUCCUCCCUCCCCGGCGAAGCCUACGGGCUGACCUUCUUCGUCACCCAGACCGGACGGGCGGUGUUCCUCGCGGCAUCACGCCAGCAAUUCAACGCCGAGGGUCAGUGGCGGGGCGGGUGGGUGUCGUUUCCAGCGCAGCGGGCGCUGAGAGAGCGCUACUGGAGCACGAUCACGGCUAUAGCGGAUGAGCUGCAUGCGUGUGGGUAUUACGGGACGGUCGGGGCAGAUGUCAUGGUCGAUGAGACAGGGCGGCAGCUCGUUGUCGACGUGAAUCUCCGCGUGACCGGGUCGUAUCAUUUGGGUCUGCUGCGCGGCCAUUUUGUGCGCAGGGGUUUGGUGGUCGUUGCCGUUUUGUCGCCUUUGUUUGUUAUGGGGGAGAGGCGGGUGUUCGAGGAGAGGGUUGCGGAGGAGGUUGCGGAGGGGAGGCUCAUUGUUACCGCGUGGGUGCAUGGGUUGCGUGGGGGGAAGGGAUAUGCUGCUGUCACGUUGCCCGGGGAGGAUGAGGCGCGGUAG